AUGAUCCCAAUAGGAGAUAAUGUAUGUCCUGAAUAUAUAUAAAUGAAAUAUGUUUAAAUAAACUCUGAAUUUGUGUUCUGUGUAUGUAUAUCUUAUCACUUUAUUUUUCUAUCCCUCCGUCUGGUUUACAUCCAUGAAAUGCAAUAUAGAAAAGUGCCACAAGCACACACAGAACUGAGAAAAGUACAGUUUGGCAUAUCCAGGGGCAGCGCUCAAUGUCACUGCUUUAUUGUAGACAGAUGAUAGUGAAAUGAGAGAACAUUCUGAUUUGUAAAUGAUGGUUUUUGAAAGGCACGACAAAUGCCAGUAAUCUGCAUUUUGCAGCAUCAGUGCCGUAAAUAGGCACGCUCCCUUGGUUGAACAAAUUUUAAAUUUAUGGUAAGUAUAAGCACACGUCAUUAAUUUUAUAUACUUUAAGUGAUAAUAGCCAGCCUCUGCCAGCAUGCUAAUGUAUGUAAUCUGUUCUUUACAGCCCGAAGCCAGAUACCCUUUUAUUCGCGUGUCCAUACUCUGGUAAAUAAAUUUACACAGAACUGAAGGGGAGGGAGUAGAAAGAAAACAUUCCUUGUGCUGUCGCUGCCCCUCGGAUAUCCGAUUGUGUAAAGCGUGUGUCGGGUGGCGGUCCGUCCUGUCCCGCAGCUCCGAGCGGAGUGGGAGGGUCACGCUGCGUGAGACUGAUAAGGGCAGCGCUGCAUCCCCUCACCGCGCUCCAGAGACGCUCCGCAACUCCUCUGCACGCAGCAGCCUGGGCAUGUCUGUACUGCUGGGGGACGAGCUGGAAUAGAAACUAAAGAUUUGUAGCUGAUUGUUCACAUGUGUCCGGGGGGAGAUGAAGCGCAUUGGAUCCAGCACAGUUUGGCUUUGCAUGGCAGUCAUCCUGCUUCUCCCUGCUUCUACUGCUGUGGCUGUCAGUGACCAGACAGGUUCUGGAUGUCCUUUAAUGAAAACAGCUAUUCAUCAUCUCAAACAAAUCAACAGAGACAGUCUUGGUGUUUCAGGGUUUGAUCUCACAGAAAGCUUUUCUUUGCGACAAACGUCUUGUGGAGGGAUAAAAGUCUGCUUUAAACUGGGAAGCGCUCCUCUCAUCAGAGAAACGAAGCAAGUAUUUCCACAUGGGCUACCUGAAGAAUACUCUCUAGUUGCUACAUUCCGGAUACGACGAAAUACCAAGAAAGAGCGUUGGUAUAUAUGGCAAGUCUUAAAUCGACACGAUACUCCCGAGAUCUCUGUGCUUCUGGAUGGUUCAAAAAAGGUUGUGGAGUAUAUGACCAAAUCUGCUCAGGGGAAUAUACUACAUUACACUUUUAAGAGUCGAGAAAUUUAUCCAUUGUUCGAUCGGCAGUGGCAUAAACUUGGUAUUAGCGUGCAGUCGGGGAUCAUUUCCCUCUAUUUGGAUUGUAAUUUAAUUGAGAGAAAGCAGACUGAUGAAAAAUUCACCAUUGACUUUCAGGGAAGGACUCUGAUUGCUUCUCGUGCUGCAGAUGAUAAGCCUGUGGAUAUUGAACUUUACCGCAUAACAGUUUAUUGUAAUCCAAAAGUUGCAACAGAAGAUAACUGUUGUGAAAUAUCUGCAGACCUGUGCCCACAUGAGGACAGAUUACUUGCUACUACUUCAUCACCAGUGUCUGUUCAUGCCAGCAAAAUAUACACUCUUCCAGGAACACAGCAAGAAUCAAGAGACAGAUGCCACUGCUUUCCAACUAAAGGCGAAGCAGGAUUACCAGGAGUUCCUGGUUUGCCAGGCCAGAAAGGGCAUAAAGGUGAAAAGGGUGAGAUGGGUGCAAAAGGACAGGAUGGUGCUGCUGGUCUUCCUGGUGAAAAGGGGGACACUGGCUUAGCGGGUGCUCCUGGCAUACCUGGUCUUACUGGUUCCAAGGGUGAACAUGGCCUUCCUGGUAGUAAAGGUGAAGAAGGUGAAAAGGGUGAAAAAGGAGAAAAAGGAGAACCAGGACCAGAAGGCAUUCAUGGAAGAGAGGGACUAAAAGGUGACCCUGGUAGUCCUGGUGUGGCUGGUCCUAAAGGAGAAAAGGGAGAAGCAGGACCUCCAGGACCAACCGCCUUAAGUGGUUUGCCAGGGCUGGAGGGUCCCCAAGGUCCACCUGGCAAAGAAGGUCAAAGGGGAAGAAGAGGCAAGCCAGGCCUCCCUGGAAAACCAGGACCGCCGGGACCUCCCGGCCCUUCUGUACUAGAAGGAAUUCUGGAUUCAUUGAACAAACAUUAUAAUGAGAGUGAUACAAGACUAAUAGGAUUACUUGGGACCCCUGGAUCUGAAGGCCAAAAGGGAGAAAUUGGUCAGAAAGGAGAAAUAGGAAUGCCAGGUGCAAAAGGUGAAAAGGGAGAAAAGGGGUACAAGGGAGAUCCAGGAGAAAUUGGAAUGGAGGGAUCAAAAGGAAAUAAGGGUGAAAUGGGAGACCCUGGACCACCUGGUCUCAUCGGAAAUCCAGGAUCUAAGGGACUGCAAGGACCUCCAGGACCUAUAGGACCCAGGGGAGAGCCAGGAGAAGUUGGCUUACCAGGAGAGCAUGGGUUGCCAGGAAUGCCCGGAGUUAAAGGAGAAAAGGGUGACCCUGGUGGAAUCAUGGGACCUCCUGGACACCCAGGUCCAAAAGGUGAGGUGGGGCCUCCUGGACCAAGUCUCCCUGGAAGACCAGGUUCCGCUGGUAUUCCUGGAAACCCAGGUCCACGAGGACCAAAGGGAGAAAGAGGACUGCCUGGUCUACAAGGAGCCCCUGGAGAGACAGGGCCUCCUGGAAUAGGCAUUCAGGGAUCACCAGGUCCUAUAGGGCCAACUGGAUCUACAGGCAUCCAGGGCCCUAGAGGGCCUCCAGGAUUACCAGGAACUCCAGGUACCCCCGGUAUUAAUGGCACUCCAGGAAGAGAUGGAAAGCCAGGACUACCAGGCCCUCCAGGCGAUCCAAUUGCGCUGCCACUAGUGGGAGACAUGGGUACUAUACUGAAGGGUGAUCCAGGCACAAGAGGUCCUCCAGGCAUCCCUGGCAGAGAGGGGCCAAAGGGAAGCAAAGGUGAACGUGGAUUUCCUGGACUUGCUGGAGAGAAGGGUGAUGAGGGCCUUCAAGGUGUUCCUGGACUGCCUGGUGUACCAGGACCCAGUGGACCAUCUGGAGUCAUGGGAAGACCUGGGCAUCCUGGUCCUGCUGGGUCAAAAGGUGAAAAGGGUAGUGAAGGCUCUCCAGGGAAGCCUGGACCACCUGGACCUCCGGGUGUGCCUUACAAUGAAAGAAAUGGAAUGAGCAGCUUAUAUAAACUCCAGGGAGGUGCAAGUGUCACAAGUUAUCCGGGUCCACCAGGACCUCCAGGUCCAAAAGGAGAUCCUGGCACAGUGGGUGACCCAGGACCAAUGGGAUUACCAGGUCUAGAAGGACUCCCAGGGGAAAAGGGUGACCGUGGACCAGCUGGCACACCAGGAGUAGCAGGGAUACCAGGAAAGCCAGGAUCUCCAGGGUCCCCAGGGUUGCCAGGAGAACCUGGUGAAAGAGGACCCAUAGGAGAUACAGGCUUCCCUGGGCCAGAAGGACCACAGGGAAAACCAGGAAUCAAUGGAAAAGAUGGACUGCCAGGUCCUCCGGGUGCUGUGGGGAGACCAGGAGACCGAGGGCCCAAAGGAGAACGUGGAGAUCAGGGUAUUCCAGGAGACAAAGGUCCACAAGGUGAAAGAGGGAAGCCUGGCCCAUCAGGAGAAAAGGGGGCCAUGGGGCCUAUUGGGCCACCAGGAGACAGAGGCCAUCCAGGAUCACCAGGUCAUCAAGGUCCUCCAGGUUCACCAGGCCCCCCGGGUUUCUUGACUGAUACAGUCUCACUUGAAGAACUAAAAAAAUAUAUCAAACAAGAGGUUCUUAAGGUUUUUGAAGAAAGAAUGGCUCAGUUUAUGUCCCAGUUGAAGCUGCCUGCUGCAUUGCUUGCCUCCCAGGCUCAUGGGAAACCAGGACCCCCAGGAAAAGAUGGCUUACCAGGGCCCCCAGGAAAGGAUGGCUUACCAGGACCACCUGGGGAACGUGGGAUUCAAGUUUGGUCUGCUCUGGAGUCAGAGCAAGUCAGACUGGAAUGAAGAACAUGAAAGCAAAACUGAAGAUGUGUGGAUCCUAAAGCUAUCAGAAGAAUAAGGACUUACUAACACUGAUAAGCGCAAACCCCUGACAGAAGCUCAGAAUGAGAAGAACAAGAAUAAAGGAUCAAGGAAAACAGUAAAAGGGUUAGAAUCUUACAACACUGACUUCAUCAUUAACUGAAUAUUCAGAUCACUGUAAACAGUAGACUUUAAUGUCAGUGGCAGAUUUAUCAGUGAUAAUGUAUGCGGUGAAUAGUCUCAGAUGCUUCUGGGAAGUAGAACAUUGUACUGGGCUUCAUUUCCAGCUAGUGAGUAUCAAGAGUAAAGAUGAUAGCUAUGCUUGAAAAAAAAAAGAAAAUAAAGCUGCUUUUUUGUGCCUUGUGCUUAAGUAAAGGUAGUACACAGAAUUCCCAUUUCUUUUAUCAAUAUACUCAAUACUCUUUACGUUACUAAGAGUUAAACUAAGUGAGAAGCAUUUACCUCUCUUUUUCUAUAAUUAUAAAAGAAAAUUACUUUUUUCCAUUUGAUAUAUCAAAAGAUAUAUGAAACUGUACUGCAAAGAAGAAAAGAAAACCAAAAUUUUGUCUUGCCUUCUUAUUACACUAUGAAUAAGAGAGCUUACCGUGAGAGAAGCACACUUACAAAUACAGUUCAUGCAUUUCCCAGUAGUGCCUGUGCGUGUCGUUGUUACCACCAACAGCUAAAAGAAUUUCACAUCUCUGAGCAGACUGAAAAGCAUCCUUGCAUAUUUCAGUUCAUUUUCAGCCACAAAGGACAAAGCAGACAAGACUGUGUUACAGGAACUUGUUCAACUGACUGCAGUUGUUUAACUGGAUAUUUAAACCCUAAUUAUAUGUUAAUUACAGUCCUUUACAGAAAACUUCCUUGUGAGAGUUUUGCAGCCCAGAGAUACAUAUUGUCUUUUAUGUUAAUAUGGUGCUUUUUCUCAAACAAAAUAAAUGUUCAGCCUAAUUAAGCUUCACUAUUUCUAUUAAAAUAGCACCAAGGAAUUGAACAUCCCCACUCAGGAAAGAAAAAUACUGUCUGAUAAAUAGUGAAAAUUCCUUGUCUUUAUUGUUGACCCCUGUUAUAAAAUGUUUCUAUUUUAAUAUAGUUAUUAACUUAUAUGUUGGAAGCAUCUAGAAACUGUGGUUGACAUCAUGAACCCCUUGUAGUGGAUGUUGUCCAGGCACAGUCGUUCUUCUGAAAUAGCUGCACUGGUUUAACCUGUUACCUCCUGUAAACUGCUUUUUGUUUUGUAGGGUGAAGUUAACUUGGUUUACUUUGACUAGACAUUCAGUUGCUACCUCUCAGCUGCAAGGUUGCUUUGCAGUUUUUUGCUUUUAAGAUUGCAGUGAUAUGCAGAGUAUUUGUGUAAUACUGUGGAUACUUCAGAACCGUUGUUCUUUGUCACAUUAGUGUGUUUGCUUUUGUUUGCAUCAAAAAAACAAUGAUUUCUCUAGAUACUGGCAUGCUGGUUUCAGCUAUCUGUAGAACAAGGUCUCAGUAAUGUAGUUAGAACACUUUUGGAGUUGUUUAAAUGGGAUGGCUUUUUACUUCCCUAACACAUAGACACAAACUUGCAUCAUUUCCAAGUAAAGCUGAGGGUGUUACAACAGUGACGUUCUGACGCUCAGAUUCGUAGUUCUGUUAUCACUGAACCAAAAGCUCUAUUUUAGCAGUGGCCACUCAAUCUAUGAACAGAAGGAGAAUGCUUCUCUCUUAAAAUACAUCCUUGCUACGUACUACUACCAAGUGUUUACCAUAUUACCCAUCCUGGGUACAUGUUUACAUGCAACUUUUGUGUUGCAGAAAUUAUAACAAAACUUCUAGAACCUAAGUGAAAGGCUUUGCUAAAAUCUUUUGAAUUGAGCAGUUCCUCUUACUGGAAUUGUAAUUCUACCAAUAAAAAUAGACAUGUGCCUUUAUGUUAAAAAAAAAUAAAUCAAAAUCUAAUUUAAGUGUUUGGUAAUAUUUUUCUUUAACUAUGUAUGAGUUUGUCGUUUUAAGCUCAGAGAGAAGGUGAUAUUACUUCUAGAAGAGUAAUCAUGGACCUAGUUCUGAGCAAAUAUACCUCAUUUAAAAUCCAGUAUUUUACUGCUAAGGUUACAUAUUGCAUUGUUAGACUGUUUAAGUGCAGGCCUGUUUACUGAUAUGCUUAUAUUUUGUUAAAUAAAGCCUUAUUUUUAGAAAACAUACCUGGAAAUUUUGUAUUAACUUCCAGUGUCAACAGAACAUCUGCCAGUAUGUACCACCUACAACUUUCAUAUGUAUGCAGAUACAGCCAGUAAUUGUUUACACUACCCUUGUUCAUACAUUUGCAUAGUUAGGCUGCUGUUUGUACUACUUUUUUUUUCUUAUUGUCUUGAAUUCCAUUGAUGUUUGCAGAAACUUUUGAUCUAUCUCAAUCUCUUUUCAACUGCAUUGUGUCAGAUAUCUACAGUAAUGGUUAUCAUGGACUUUGUAAAUGUGAUGCAUCGUAAAUGUGAUUUCUCUCUUUUUCCCAAAACGAUGAUUAGUGACAGCACUACUUUGUAAAAGUACAAUUAACUGGGUUUGUAGCGAGAAAUGUACUGUAAUUAUCUAUUGUAAACUAAGAAAUACAGAGA